AAUUUAUUGGUUGCCAACGGUCAGAAGAAAGAAAUCCAUUUGGACAGAGCUUGAAUUCACGGUGUCCUCUUCUAUAUCCGCGAAGCUACGACCACAGGGUUUACUGUAAUCUUAAACGCUUCCAGACUUCCCACCGUGUAAGAGUGCUCUAAGAUGCUCAGGGAUUAGUCCAUGGGUGUGAGUCGACUGGAUGUGUUUUACAGAAGACUUCUCCUCACCAAACUUUUCAUUGGGGGAUGGGGGAAGCCCGAGGACCUUAAAAGAAUCUUUGAGUUUCGAAAGAUCAUUGGAGACAGAGAAAAGUGCAGGACACUUGUGCCUGUGGACUAUCCAGUUUACAUAAACAAGACAGAGGAGCUCACUGACUGUUACAUCCAUGAUGGUUUCUUCAUCUCUCCACUGGAUCAGUUGGUGCCAGGAAUCCUGCCACCAGAGGCCGUCAAAGCAAGAUUCCAAUUCAUUGUUCCAAAGAGGUGGCAGAAGAACAGACCAGUAUGUAUCCAGUUAGCUGGGACUGGAGACCAUUUUUUCUGGCGUCGUCGGACCCUGAUGGCCAGGCCUAUGAUCAAGGAGGCAGGAAUGGCUUCUCUACUUCUGGAAAAUCCAUAUUAUGGCUAUCGUAAACCCAAAGAUCAACUGAGAUCCUGUCUAAAGAAUGUGUCGGACCUUUUUGUGAUGGGAGGGGCUUUGAUCCUGGAGUCAAUUGUGCUUCUCCGCUGGCUGGAGAGAGAAGGGUACUGGCCCUUAGGAAUGACUGGCAUCUCUAUGGGAGGAUAUAUGGCAUCCCUGGCUGUGACCAACUGGCCCAAACCUAUUCCUCUUAUUCCCUGUUUGUCAUGGUCCACUGCCUCCAGUGUGUUCACCACGGGUGUGCUGAGUAGAGCGGUAAACUGGGCAGAGCUGGAAAAGCAGUAUGCAGUUAAUUCAGUGUAUGAAAAGGAAAUCAUCAAUCUGCUGGAGUACUGUGGGGUUGAUUCAUUGAAGAUGGGAACAGAAUUGCAGAGGAAUAUGGACUCUUCAGAGAAUCUGCUUGGCCUGCCUGGAGGUCUCCGAAUACUAGAAGGUCAGUUCUUGAAAGUGGAGACGCAGUCUGAGAUUGGUCGAGUCGAUGAAAAGGGCUUGGCUCUAUCCUCAGUGAACAGCAGUGAUCAGCCAAGAACCCACACUGCUCACAGUAUGGGCCAAGGAAGGAAGAUUAACUCACUGAAAUGCUGUCGGCCGUCACUGCACACAGAGUCGAUAAGCUUCAUGAAGGGAGUGAUGGAUGAAUGCACACACAUGGCCAACUUUUCUGUACCUGUAGACACCAGUCUCAUAAUCGUGGUACAGGCCAGAGAGGAUGCCUACAUUCCUCGAACAGGAGUCCUCAGUCUGCAGGAGAUUUGGCCUGGAUGUGAAGUCAGAUAUCUCAAUGGAGGACACAUCAGUGCAUACCUGUUCAAACAGAAUUUCUUUAGACUGGCCAUUUAUGAUGCAUUUAACAGAUUUUGCCUGAAGUAUCCAAGCUCACAGUAGCCAUGGGAGGCCCUGUUAACCUGUGAACAGGCACUAUGGCUGACUGGACAGAAGAAAUGACAAUGCCUUCAAGGCUCACUGCAAAGGUGGCAGCAAAAAUCACAAAUGUCUAAUUUUCAGUUUAUCCAACCAACAGUGGCAGCUGAGCACUGUCACUUUUUUAUUUCCUCCUCCUGAUUUGGGUAAAGCAAAACUAAUGUAGUAGAUUUGUUUGCCAGUGUGUGGUCAUCAAAGAGGAUCUUCGGCCUUAUUUUAAUAGAGUCCUGUAGUAACCAUGGAACGCUGGUCAUCUCCUGUUUUUAGUGUCACUGCUUGGGUAUGUCCUACAAUAUUCCACCUUUCCUCCUAACCUGGAAAUCUCUAGAUUCUACAAGUAGAUAAAUCAGUAAUAAGCCACUGAAACCAUGAAUGUGGGAGUGUAAUCACAACAGAUGAAGUAUUAAUUCAGCAAUGAUGGCCUUUCUAUUACGAGUCAAUUGAAUCAAUUAAAAUUGAGUUUUGUCUGCAAUCUGAAUAUUUUACCAGAUAUUUCACCUUUUGUAUCUUUUUUCAUAAAUAUAAUUGAGCUGA